CGCCGCCAGGAUGGAGCCGCGCGGUGCGGGCCGCGCCCCCGCGCUGCUGCUCUGCCUGGCUUUCCAUCUCCUACAAGCAGUUGUCAGUACAACCGUGAUUCCAUCAUGCAUCCCAGGAGAAGCCAACGAUAACUGCACAGCUUUAGUUCAGACAGAAGACAACCCACGUGUGGCUCAAGUGUCCAUAACAAAGUGCAGCUCUGACAUGAACGGCUACUGUCUGCACGGACAGUGCAUCUAUCUGGUGGACAUGAGUGAAAAUUACUGCAGGUGUGAAGUGGGUUACACUGGUCUCCGGUGUGAACACUUCUUUUUAACCGUCCACCAGCCCUUGAGCAAAGAGUAUGUGGCUUUGACUGUGAUUCUUAUCUUCUUGUUUCUCAUCAUAGUCGCCGGUUCCACGUACUAUUUCUGCAGAUGGUACAGAAAUCGAAAAAGUAAAGAGCCAAAGAACGAAUAUGAGAGGGUGACCUCAGGCGAUCCAGCGUUGUCACAAGUCUGAAUGGCACUGUCAGUCUUACGGGCAAGGAUGCACAGCCUGCCUGCUUAAUGUUAAUAUUCCUAUUUUAUUAAUAAUAUUUAUGUUGGGUCACGUGUCAGGUCAACAACAGUGUAUUUUUAAUUUUAAUAUACUUGAAAAAUGUUUUUUAUUUUUGUUUUAUUUGUGACAGACUAUUUGCUAAUAUAUAAUGUGCAGAAAAUAUUUAAUAUCAAAAGAAAAUUGAUAUUUUUGUAAGAAAUAAUUUCCUGCACUAAAUGCUUUAUCGAAAGCUUUCAGAGCUUAUAUUCCUGCUGCACAGUGCGUAGGAGUGAACAAUGCCCAGGUCAUAGCUUAAGAAGUGUCAGCAAAUGACAGAUUUCUGUAAGCCUGCAUACAGAUAUUCAAAUCGAUUUAUGUUUUUUUCUACUCUUCACAUCAACGAUAAUUGGUUUGACCAUAUCAUGGUUUGAUAUAUUAGUUGGCACCACUGUGUCAUGUAUUAAAACAGUAAUGCAGUUGGAAUUCGGGAGAAACAAAUAUAGGUCCAAAUAUAGGUGCUAAACACUACACAUUUGAAAUAAACUAAGCCCAGGGAGGCUAUGGGUCUCUUCAACCCUCUCAGCUAUAACUCGGUUUAUCAGCCUGGAGGGGCAGCAGACAGUUCCCUGUGUGAACACACAAGUCCUAUGAACACCCGCCACCCUAACAGAUCCUCCUUACAUGAAAUGAAUUGAAAAACUUGAUUUUAUGCCAUCUUUUAUGUAAACAGUGGGUAUUUCAUAGUUUCACAAUGUUCUUUUUUUGUAUAGUGCAACAUUUAAGUGAGGUCAUUGUUGGUAUUCCAACAAUUAGGAAAAAAUCCACACUUGAAGCUAAAAUUUGUGCUUGUUUCCUAGAGGCUUUGUUGAAGAAUUCUAAGAUAAAAUCACAGUCCAA